UGUAAUAAGGGAGUGGCAUGUCAGGAGUGGAAUUUCACUUCCUGUAUCUCUCAGGUGAGUCACCUGGGCUGAUGUCGUCGGUGGUUUAGGUUUUUGUCGACAUUAAACCAGAGGAUCGUCCUGGGACAGUUUCAGGGGCUGUUGAGUGUCAGCUCGGUUUGGAGGGACUUAACCGAUCACUGCUCAGGAAGUCUGGAGACGCUUUCACGUCUUCUUUACUUGAAGGUUGUUGGUCGAGAGGAGAAGUGUUGUUUUUCCGUCUGCGGCCUAAACACUCCACGGAGAAGUCGACUUGUUAGAAGUUAUAUUAAUACUAGUUCCAGGUGAUCCUUGCGAUUGGAAAACACAGACAGGACUAUUUACACAAUGGUUCGGGUGCACACAGGACACCUGGGAGCGUGUGCGCUCCUGCUCUCCGCGCUGCUGCUGCGCUGCGCCGGAGCGCAGGAGUCCGGAGAUGAGUGUUUCCCCAGAUUCAAGGCCGGCAAAGAGGAUUUCGUCCUCGACACAGACGAGUCCGUGAAAGACGGAGCCACGUUCCUUUUGUCGCCGAAGCUGGACCGAUACAGGGACUGUGUGGCCGCCUGCUGCAAAGAGCCGAGGUGCAAUGUCGCCUUCAUGCAGAGAGGAGACGAGGAAGGUUUAGUGAACUCCUGCUUUCUGUUUGACUGCCUCUACAAGAAGAAAUACGCUUGUCGCUUCGUCAGAAAGAAGGGAUACACCAACUACAUCCUGGACUCGGUGUAUGAGAGCUAUCUGGAAAUGGAUACUCCUCCAAAUGAAUCAGACCGUCCACCAGUGGCCAACGGAGGCCUGGACCUUGUGGUGCAACCUCAGGACAGUGUGACACUGAACGGCAUAGAGAGCAAAGAUGACAAGGGGAUUGUGUCCUACCAGUGGCUACUGCUGACUGGGUAUCCUCACGCGGUCUUUCAGAAAACCGACUUUGAUGACCAGAUCAUCGUGUCCAAUCUGACAUCUGGAGUUUACAAGUUCCAGCUGACCGUCACGGACACUAUCGGCCAAUCUGACUCAACCAAGGUCACUGUUCUGGUCCUUACUCCUGAGCAGUCUGAUCUGCAAUGCAUGGCCCCAAAGAAGAUAGGACCAUGCCGCGGUUCUUUCCCCCGAUGGCAUUACAACGCCGCCUCAGAGAAGUGUGAGGGCUUCGUCUUCGGAGGCUGCAGGGAGAAUCUCAACAACUAUUUGUCCGAGGAUGAGUGUAGCAAAGCCUGCACUGGCUCAGAGAAAAGUGCUGUAUCCGGUAGAGGUCUACCGAUCCCCGCACCUAAGGGAGAAAAAUGUGGUGAUCCCUGCACAACAGAGCAAUUCACCUGUGCUAGCGGCUGCUGCUUGGACCCAGGCCUCGAGUGUGACUCAAUACCACAAUGCAGUGACAGCUCAGAUGAGCAGAAGUGCGAGGACUUGGACAACAAGUUUCGGAUUCUGCUCCAGAUUCCAGUGGAUGAGCAAAAAGUGCGAUGCACGGAGCCUCCCCACACAGGAAGCUGCAGGGACGGUCUCACUAAAUGGUACUACAACCCCCUCCAAAAGGAAUGCUUCCGCUUCAACUAUGGCGGCUGCCAGGGGAAUGAGAACAGAUUUGAUACUGAGGAGUCCUGCCGGAAAGUUUGCAAUGGUGUUACAGAAAAGGACGUAUUUGCAAGAAAGGCGGAGUUUGAAAAGCAGACUUCUGACAACCAGACAGGUAUUAUUGCAGCAGCUGCCCUCCUGGGUCUGGCUAUCAUCAUCCUACUGGGCAUCCUGUUGUACUGCUUCAUAAAGGGAAAGAAGAAGUCUGCACAGCACCACCGCGUCCCCGUCAACACCGCCCCAGUCUCCUCAAUAGAGGACCGAGAGCGCCUGGUCUACAACACCACCACCAAGCCCAUCUGAUCCUCAGCCCUCACCUUUGACCCCCGUCCCGGUGGUGUAUGACGCUGGUUGCAGAUGCCCCAUCAUACACCGAACAGACUCAGACUGAUGACAGAGGAGAGGAUAUCCGUCGACUCAAUUUGAAUGCUGGAGGGGAUCGUUUUUAUUUCGUCCGUAUGAUGGAUGUUUGUUUUUUUUAAGGGUGAUAUACACAGAAGGUGAAAUGUGACGUCUACUGAUUUGUCUGUUAGCUUGUAUUUAAUGCAGUGACCUGUUGAAAACUGUGUGUACUCAGGUUAAAGGAAAAGGAUUUUUAUCAGUGUGGAGUUAGAUUAUCACUGGAUAUCAUACAGUUCAUACAGUCCAUAAUUAGGUUCUCAUUUUAAUGUCCUCUUGCUUCUAUGACAUGAUGUGAUAAAUACCUCUUUUUAAAAUAGUCAGUUUUCAUACCUGAACUAUCAGCAGGUUCGUGCUGGUCUGCUACUCUAAAGUAAGAGACCAGAUUAUUUACCGUUUUUCAGAAUUUAUGUCACAUGAUAAUCUCUCCAAUUAACUGAAAUCUUGCCGCAUCACCUUUACCCCCUAUUUUGCUAUUUCAUACGUCACUGUUACACUGGAUUAAACUGCAGUUCAUUCAUAAUAUUGUACAUAAUCUUAGAUUUUUGAGAAAGCUAUAUUAAGAUUAUUUUUGUCUGAUUUCUCAAGCGUUUUUAGAAAAAGCUGAACACGUAUGGAGACAUUUAUUCAGCUGCCUUCCUGUUGAUUUUUCAACAUUUUAUCAAAUGUUUGUACAUAGGACCUGAUAUGAUUCUCUGCAACAUUAGCAGCAUUGUGAUGUUUAUACUAAAUAAAAAUAAUAACUCAAAA